AUGUCUUCUAAAACCACCAACAACACUGCCCAUGUGCAGGAGAAAACCUUCAGCGCCUACAAUGAAGCCCAGGGUGAAAACUACUCCAAAUUCCGCCCGGAGUACCAUCCAAAUGUAUACGAAAACAUAGUCAAUCACCACACCUCCACCGGAGGAACCUUCGAUACCCUCAUAGAUAUAGGCUGCGGUCCCGGAACAGCCACCCACGCCUUAGCUCCAAAGUUCACUCAAGUUUUUGGUCUCGACCCAUCCCCGGGUAUGAUAUCUGUUGCCCGUGCACAGAGCGCGAACAAACCAACAAGCAACGUUCGUUUCGAAGUCUCCACCGCCGAGGACCUAGGGAGAAACCUCUCACCUCCCAUCGAAGAAAACAGCGUAGACCUAAUCAUCUCCGCAAACGCGGUCCACUGGUUCGACAUGCCACGCUUCUGGGCAACUGCCGCCCGUGUCCUGAAGCCAAAAGGCACAGUUGCACUCUGGUCACCCGGAAGACCACUCAUGAGCAGCUCAACGCCAAAUGCGUCCAAAAUCGAAGCAGCGAUUGAAGAGUGGGAAACGGAGUAUCUUGCUCCGUUCCUUGAGCCUGGCAAUAUUAUCGUUCGGAAUGCUUAUGUUGAUCUGGUACUUCCGUGGAUGGCAGAUGAGCCUGUCACUGCUUUUGAGGAGGGGAGCUUCAUUCGAAAGGACUGGGGUGUGGAUGAGGAUUUCUUUGCUGUCAGGCCUGUUGUUGGGAUGGAGCAGCUUGAGAAAAUGAUUGCGGUUGGGAGUCCUGUGACGAGAUGGCGGGAGGCGAACCCAGAUGCUGUGGGGACUGAGAAGGAUGCUGUGAGAGUUAUUAGGAGGCGUAUCGAGGAGCUACUUCAUGAGGCUGGAGUGGAGAAGGGGAAGGAGGUUCUUAAGGGUUCGCCGAGGGGAGUGCUGUUGAUGAUUAAGAAGUGUGAUGUACUGUUGGGUUAA